GUUCUUUUCUCGAUACAAUUUAUUUUUUAUCUCCACCACAUUUGGAAGUCAAUUUUUUUACUUUCUUUUUAUUACUUCCACCCUUAUCUUCUACCAUCGCAAAAUAAACCAAAAUGUCGUCCAGCAUCGCCAAAAGCUCCGCCAUGCGAAUCGCCGCCGGCCGGCACCGCCUGUUCUCUAAUACAGCAGUCACGGGCGGCCGGGCCCAGCUUCCCGCAGCCCUCGAGGAGCGCGUCAGUCAAACACUGGAUAACAUGAAAUCUGCCGGCACCUUCAAGACCGAGCGCGUAAUCACCACGCCGCAGAACUCCAGCAUCAAGGUGCAAACCAGCACCAAGCCCGUGCUGAACUUCUGCGCCAACAACUAUCUGGGCCUGGCCGACCACCCGACAGUGGUCCAGCGCGCAUCGGAAUACCUCAACAAGUGGGGCAACGGGCUGAGCUCCGUACGGUUUAUCUGUGGUACCCAGACGAUCCACAAGGACCUCGAGAACCAGAUCACCGAAUUUUACGGCCAGCAGGAGACCCGCGACACCAUUCUGUAUGCGUCGUGCUUUGACGCCAACGCCGGGAUUUUUGAGUCCCUGCUGACCGACCAGGACGCAAUCAUCAGCGACUCGCUCAACCAUGCGUCAAUAAUUGACGGCGUGAGACUGUGCAAGGCCAAGCGGUUCAGAUACGCUAACGGCGAUGUGGCGGAUCUUGAUCGCCAGCUGCAGUUGGCAGCGGAUGCCGGGUGCCGCGUCAAGAUGGUUGCCACCGACGGCGUGUUCUCCAUGGACGGUGUCAUUGCGCCGCUCAAGGAGAUCUGCGAUGUGGUUGAGAAACAUGGGGCAGUGCUGUUUGUCGACGACGCCCAUGCCACGGGAUUCUUGGGGCCAAGCGGCCGCGGCUCGGGCGAGUACUGGGGUGUCAUGGACCGCGUGCACUUGGUAAACUCCACACUCGGAAAGGCCCUGGGCGGUGCCUCCGGCGGAUACACAGUGGGCGACAAGCUUCUUGUGACUUUGCUUCGCAAUACAUCGCGGCCCUACUUGUUCUCAAACACUCUGGCUCCCAGCAUGGUUGGUGCUGCGGCCGCUGCCAUUGAUCUUGUUAAUAACCCAGUCACCCGAGGCCCGCUUCUCGACCAGCUGUGGUCUAACGCCGCGCUGUUCCGCUCGCGCAUGUCCGAUUCCGGCUUUGUGCUUGCCGGCGAGGGUCACGCUAUUAUUCCUGUUAUGCUGGGUGAUGCUCGUUUGGCAUCACUGAUGGCGGAGAAGAUGCUCGCACGCGGCAUUUACGUCGUCGGCUUCUCGUUCCCUGUGGUGCCCAAGGACAAGGCUCGCAUCCGCGUCCAGCUGUCCGCCGCGCAUUCCACCGACCAGGUCAACUAUGCAGUCGACUCGUUCAUCGAAGUUGGCCGUGAGCUGAACGUGAUUCAGUGAAAUUAAAAACGAAA